AUCAAUCGGUGUACAAGACGUGCAACUCUCCGAUCUCAGCCUUCGACUUGAUAUCGUGGAUGUGAAGACCACGAACGGCGUUCUGGUGUGGAAGAUUGGUGACAUAUCUCGACGUCGUCGUGAAGCAAUCAGUGGCAAGACACCCAGUCUGUACAGUGCACCAUUCUACACAUCUCCAUGUGGAUACAAGAUGUGUGCCAGGGUCUACCUGGAUGGAGAUGGAAUGGGCAAGGGUGGAUGUAUCAGUGUGUUCUUUGUCAUCAUGAGAGGUGAAUAUGACGCUCUGUUGCUCUGGCCGUUUCAACUUCGAGUCACCAUGAUGCUGAUAGACCAGAGUGAUAGCGUUGUCAAGCGUAACAUCACCGAGGUCUUUAAGCCGGACGGACGAUCGGCUUCGUUCAAACGUCCAAAAAACGAAAUGAAUACAGGGAGCGGGUGCCCCAUGUUUGCCUCCGUCAAUGUUUUGGAUUCACCCACGUAUGUCAAGGACGACAUCAUCUUCAUCAAGGUCAUUGCCGACAAAGCCUCGACUCAUUUCGUACCACCAGACCACGACCGGCAGUAGAAAGUGUUGGAACCCCCUCUUUUGUCUGUCUUUGCCUGCCUAUCUCUCUCUCUCUCUCUCUCUUCACUUUGCUCCUCUCUCUCUCUCUCUCUCUCUCUCUCUCUCUCUCUCUCUCUCUCUCUCUCUCUUUCUCUCUCUCUCUCUCUCUCUCUCUCUCUCUCUCUCUCUCUCUCUCUCUUCUCCCCCCCCCCCCCGCACACCCACACACACACCCACUACCAACUACAACACAACGCCACACUUGCUCACACCGACAAAAAAAUAUUCUCUCUCUUCUGCCUGUCUGUACCAUCACUGUGCCCUACGCUGGUCUUGCCGAAAAUCAAGGUCUGGUCAAUCCGUGGUCCGAUCUUCCCCGGAGGAAGGCCCGCACGCCAAACUAAGAGGGCGUUGUUGUCAGAAUUUCUGACCUUGAGUGAGUAAAUUUGUACACAUACAGUGCUUUCAUGCGUGAGUAUCGCUACUUAAGUACGUGCACGAGAAGUGACGGCGUCAUACCUAGCGCGUACAGCCAGGCUGAAUGUCUCCGACUCACCCCAGCCCAGGCAUGUAGGUCCAUGUCAGCAUCCUGCAAUGACUACCAUUGUUGCCGUAGACAGUUGUCGACGGUCCGUGAUUGCUAAUCCUUACGAACUGCAUUUUGAUGUAAGCGCAUCGUAUUGCCCAGUGCAGUUCACCGCACGACUUCAUGUACAUUAUUUUGUGUUUUCAUUCCCCUUUGGACUUACAGUUUACGUUGAUAUUAGUAUGCAGUGAGGGAUCGUCACACAUACACACACACACACAUACACACACACAUACAUACACACACACACACAUACACACACACGCACACACACACACACACACACACACACACACACACACACACACACACACACACAUGUACGCAUGCAUACACGCCAUUCAUGCAUACUCGUAUGCACGCACACACACACACACACGCGCACAUAACUAUCUGCGUAUUUUCCCCCGCCAUGCUUCGCACUUGAUCAUUCUAACUGUGUACCCUGUGUACUCCACCUCUCUACUCCCUUGAGCACCUCUCUACUCCCUUGAGCACCGUAUCUACUGCCUUGAGCACCGUAUCUACUGCCAGGACUCCCGGCGUUUGCUUGGAAACCAGAGCAGAAUGGCAUUGCUGACGUUUCCUUGAGCGAAUCUCCUGUAUCCCCUGUAUCCACUAAUUACACCUGCAAUUGCUCUCAUGCAGUGGAUGCUGCCAAAGCCAUUGCUAGCGCUGUAUUGAGAUGGUGGAACCAUUCCUCUGAAAGUGUUACUGCUCAGGCAGUUUCAACGCAUCGAAAUUCUUGACACCUAUGAUUGAUUGUGGACUCAGCACACUUGUUCUUCUCAGAGUCUUCAGCGUAAACACUAAAAUGUACAUGCAAUAUGCCGCCAGUACACGGUCAUAACUAUUAGUUUAACCCCGCCAGCAUAAUCAUGUUAUAUCAGCGAUCUGCGUAGCGAUGGCUGCUUCUAGCUGCUGCUCCUCUUUUCUAUACAGUCGCCAUGGCAUUCUGAAUGAGUGCCCUAGUCCUGGUAACACUCACGGCUGAUCACGCUCGUGCACACUGUUCAAACGUUUGAAUUUUUAUCCUUCAAUGAAAGGAAUGGAGAUUUUUUUAAAUUGUACAGUUGAGUUUUUUUUUAGAAGAUCAUUUUGACCUGGCCACUGGCUAAGAAUACGUACAUAAUAAUUACGUUAUUGUAAACCAUUCCAUUGAGUCUAUGGAAAAGUUUUCAACCUGGUCCUUCAUUCCAUCACCGCUCUUGAUUGAUACAUAACGCUUUGGUUACUAAAUCAAAGUACAUGUCUAUGCAUAUCCCGCGUUUCAUAAGCUAUUGUACACGACUUUUAAAUAUUUAUAUUAUUUUAUCGACGUUACAAUUUUCAGAGCCACCCUUCUGAUAAUUUCGCAUGAACAUCGCUUGCAAAGUGUGCAAAGAACCCUUUCUGUUCAAUUCUUUUGUAUUAUUAAUUUUCAUCUUUAGACUUUACGUGCAACUCUCAGUUGGAAGUUGUAGGAUUCAUCGGCGCUGCGCGUGCAUCCUUUUUCAAAGUACUCCCCCCCCCCCCACACCCCCAACAGCGUUUCUGAUGUUCGCCUGUUACUGCUGCUAUUGCCAACAUUGCUACAACUGAAUAGAUAACAUUUCUCAAAAUGCGAAAA